GAUUAGUUUAGGAGUAAUUUCUGAUAAUCAGUCAUCUUCACAAAAAACCAAACAAGAGUCCCCAUAAGAGUACCUUCCAGUUCUAUCUUCUCAUUUACUGCUUCUAAGGCAUUUUCCCAUCUCAUCACCUACCAUUGAUAAACUCCAUCUUCCCUCAUCUUCUCAUCUCAACCGUUCCACGUAUCUGUACCUUCUCUGCAAAUACAACACAUUUGUUGCCAUUUUUGGGUUAGGGUUAUUAAGAAGAAGGCAGGGGUGGAUUCAAGAAAGCCCCAUCUCAGGUUGAUUCAAACUCACAUUUGCACUUUCCAGAGAAAACCCAUAUAGGAAAUCCAAUCAAACUGAUUAAAUCGGUGGGUUUUUUCUGAGAAUUGGGGUGUGUUGGGAUUUGGUCUUUUUGACAUGGGUUUUCUGGGUUUUUAGUCAGAGAUCUAGAAUUGGUGAUUGGUUCAUUGUCUGAGGAGAUGGUAUGUUGAUGGGGUUUCUGAGAUCUGGAUUCUGAAGUUUUCUCCUUGGGAUUCUAUUACACCAAGGUGGUUCAUCAUUGGCAAGAUGGCUACCGACCUGAAUGCAGAAUUAUCCAAAAAAACUAUUCUUGGUCUCAAGGUCUGGGAAUUGAUUGGGAUCCUUGUCGCCCUAUUUAUUAUAAUUAUCCUCACUGCAUUGUUUUAUAUUACUUCACGAAAGAAAUCAAGAAGAGCUAGAGACAGGAUUCCCCUCAGCCAGAUCCCAAAUGUUUCGAAGGAAAUUAAAGAAGUGCGGGUGGAGCAAGUAUCAACAAAUGAAUUCGUUCCACGUGAUGGGAUUCUUCUUACCAUUCAUGACAAAUCCAGUGAUAAAGAAUCAGAUAAGGUUAUGGUCCAUCUGGGUAUGGGGAAACUGAGAAAUGGAGACAACAACAGUCAAUCAGGUUCAUUCAAUCAUAUGGAGAAAGAUGGUGGGGGUUUCCAAUCAGGAGAAGAAGGGAGUUCCGGUUCAAUUUCUGUGUAUAAACCUUCUUCUUCACAUCCAAGAACUGCUCCUUCUCCUCUAACUGGCCUGCCUGAAUUUUCUCACUUGGGUUGGGGCCACUGGUUUACUUUAAGGGAUCUUGAAGUUGCAACAAAUCGAUUUUCAAAGGAGAAUGUUAUUGGUGAGGGUGGAUAUGGAGUUGUUUACAGGGGACAGUUGAUCAAUGGAUCUCCAGUAGCAGUGAAGAAGCUUCUCAACAAUUUGGGCCAAGCUGAGAAGGAAUUUAGAGUGGAAGUGGAAGCUAUUGGCCAUGUGCGCCAUAAAAAUUUGGUUCGACUUUUGGGAUACUGCAUUGAAGGAAUGCACAGGAUGUUAGUUUAUGAGUAUGUCAACAAUGGCAAUUUGGAACAAUGGCUUCAUGGAGCUAUGCGCCAGUAUGGAUAUCUUACAUGGGAGGCUAGGAUGAAGAUUCUCCUUGGCACAGCUAAGGCUCUUGCCUACUUGCAUGAGGCAAUUGAGCCAAAAGUGGUGCACCGAGACAUUAAGUCAAGCAAUAUAUUGAUCGAUGAAGAGUUCAAUGCAAAGGUUUCUGAUUUUGGCCUGGCCAAGCUGCUUGGUGCGGGAAAAAGUCAUGUAACGACUCGGGUUAUGGGGACCUUUGGAUAUGUUGCUCCUGAAUAUGCAAAUACUGGGCUUCUGAACGAAAAGAGUGAUGUUUAUAGCUUUGGGGUUGUGCUUUUAGAAGCAAUUACCGGAAGAGAUCCUGUGGACUAUGGUCGCCCAUCUCAAGAGGUAAAUCUGGUCGACUGGCUGAAAAUGAUGGUUGGAACCAGACGGUCAGAGGAAGUGGUGGACCCAAACAUUGAAACAAGGCCAUCGACAAGAGCCUUAAAGCGAGCCCUUUUAACUGCUUUAAGGUGUGUUGAUCCCGAUUCUGACAAAAGACCUAAGAUGGGCCAAGUUGUUCGCAUGCUUGAAUCAGAGGAAUAUCCCAUAUCGAGAGAGGAUCGAAGACACCGAAGAAACCAAGCAGCAGGUAGCACGGAGACCGAAUCCCAGAGGGAGAAUUAUGACACUGAUAGGAGUGACAAUCCAGAUCCAAGGCCAGAUAGCAGAAGGAGCCAUACAUAACCUAACGUGUUUUUCAUUUAUGGAAUUGGGGAUGAUAUGAACUGCAUUUCAUUGUUACAAUUUUUUUUAACUGUCUGAAGUCUUUGGUAUAUUUUUACAUAAUAUCAUUUCUAGGAGUGCCUUUUUAUGUAUGGGUUGGGGUGGGGUCAGCUGUGAAGUUGGCUGACAGGAGAAAUUUUUUUUGCCCUUUGCCCUUUGCUUUUUUAUUUUAUUUUUCCUUUUCCAUUUCUACGUUUUUUUUGGCUUUCUUUUGUAUCUAAGUAGAUGGAGAGAUGAUUGUUUUGUGUAUGAAAGUGGUGAUAUUGUGAAAAAAACCAGAACAUUGGAAGGGUCUUGUACAGGUUUUGUAGCUAUUCAAUAUUGUUUGUUGAAGUGCUCUUCUUUCUGUUAAAAA